CUCACUCUUCUGCCUAGUGAGUAGUGAGAGAGAGAGAGAGAGAUAUGUCAGCAAUCAAGAAUAGUCUCACUCUUCUUGCUCUCUUGCUUGUCAUGAAGUAUUUACAAAAAUCAGGUGCAGGAGCGGUGGGGGAGUGGUGCGUGGCAGACGAGCAGAGCUCAGAGAGUGAACUGCAAGCGGCGAUGGAUUGGGCUUGUGGAAUUGGGAAUGCCAACUGCAGCAAGAUUCAAGUGGGCCAGGCCUGCUUUCGGCCCAAUACCGUUAGGGCCCACGCUUCUUAUGCCUUCAACAAUUACUACCAAAAAUUCAAGCGCAGAGGUGGAACUUGCUACUUCAGAGGCGCUGCCUACACCACUGCUCUUGACCCCAGUGAGUAUUUACUAUUUUACCCUCACACACACUAUUACGUGAUUUAUUCUUCGAGGGAUAAUAUAAUGAGACAUAAAUUUAUCACUUAAAUUUAAUUAUGGUUGCUUGAUUCCUGCAGGUUAUAACUCUUGCAACUAUGAACUUACACCGUGAGCUUAGAAGGUUAUAUCGAUCAAGAAAGGCUCAAUUUUGAAUCUUGAAAUCUCAUUGUUAUCAUCUGCAAUUGUACUUCUCUAGCAAUGAUAAAGCUUUUUUCCUAACAAA